GGCUAUGUGGAGCAGCCUGUUGUGGUGAUUCAGCUUGCAAAAGUCAAGUUCUUUAGGGGUCAAGUAGGUCUUCAAAAUGUGAUGUAUGCCACUCAAAUGUUAUUUAAUCCUGAUAUUCCUGAAGUUGUUGAGUUCAGGCAGAGUAUGAUUGAGCAAGGUGUCAAUGGUACCCAUCCGCUGUUUAUUGCAAAUGAGGGUAAAGUUCUCUCAUUGGAAGAUGAUUUCAUGCGUUUAACUAGAAAAUGCACUAUUGAAGAGCUUCAAGAUAACAAUCAGGAGGGUUCUUUUAUCAUCUUUGGUGCAAUUCAAGGUAUUGUUGAGGAUGGAGGUUGGUGGUAUUUUGCUUGUGUGUGUGGAAAGGGUAUCUAUCCUCAAAAUGGUGCAUAUUACUGUGAUUUUUGUUUGAAGCACAUAACUAAUGUGACUCCAAGAUUUAAAAUUAAAAUAACAGUUGAAGAUCAUACUGGGGAGGGUAUUUUCCUUCUCUUUGAUCGUGGGCAUCUUAUUUGCUUAAGAAGUCAUGUGCUGACUUGUUUACUGAGGUUCAAAGAGAUGCAAGUCUUAUAUGUGGGGAUACUUAUUCUCCCAUAUUUCAAGUGCUCAUUGGAAAGAAGUUGCUGCUCAAGGUUGAUACCAAAGGUGUCCCACAUGAUACAUUUUAUGGGACUUUCCGAGUUAGGAGAAUUUGUGAUGAUUCCACUAUUAUUGCGAUGUUUGAACUUCCCAAUUAUGACGCUGAUGACGAGUCUACUCCAAAAAAGGAGCAUGAUUUACACAAAUGUGUUCCUUAUGGAAAAGGGGAUGUUGGUAUUAAGAAGGAGUUUUCAGAUACUUUUAUGAAAAGUGAGAAAGAUGCUGGUGAGUGUCGUGGGAUUUUGUGUAAAUCCCCGAUUCUUAUAGAUUUUUUAGCUGGAAAACAGCCUGCUGUUUCUGGAGUGACUGAGUUUGUUGCCUUAAAUGAUGGUGAACAUGGAAAAUAAGAGAAAACACCCAGCAAUAAUACUGUUAGUGAUGAUCUUUCUGCUGAACUCAAUAUAUUGCUUAGCUCAGCGGAAAAAGAAACUCAGGAGGUGUUGUCCCAUGUUGUUGAUGCAUCUUCGCAAUAUGGAGAGAAGCUUAUUCAUGAGAAUCAUGUUGUCACCUGCAAGGGUAAGAGGAAUUUAAAUCCUCAAUUUGAAGAGGCUGCUGUUGAUGUAGAUGGGCGUGGGUUGAAGGUUGCCAAGGUUAAUGGAGUUUGAUUGAAGGUGUGGAAUUGAGCUGCUGUGUCUAGGUGUAGGUGUUUUAUGUAUUGUAAUCUAUAAGUAUUUAGGAAGGCUUGUGAUUGCAAAUAGGUGGACAUGUAAUGAUGCUGGCUGGAUGUUAUUUUGAUUUCACUUUUUUGGAUUGUGUCCAACAAAUAGGACUGUCAGAUAUAGGGGUUUUCCUUCUGUGUUGGCUCGGGUAAUGUGCCAAGUUGGUCUAUUCUCAACUCCUUUUUUUGUAAUAGUGACUCUGCUAGGGAUUGGACACAUUUUCAAUGUUGUACCCUCUUUAUGUUACAUACUAGGAUAUGUGGUCAUAUUUUGGAAUACUCUUUAUCAUAGGGGUGAUAGGCAUAUGUAAUUGUCUAUAUCACUAUCAAUCAAUGUUUUAAUGAAAUACAGUAGUUCUUAUUUGUA